UGUCGAUACAUAGUUCAUAUUGUUGUCAGCGUUAUAUAAAGUAUGAUUUUCUGAAGUUAAUAAAAAAAAAAAUUAAAUGUGAUUUUAUGUGAGAAAAUAAGUCUACAUUUUUGUAUCGAAGAUCUCGGUAAUUUGUUUCGCAUGGCAGAAUUACAUUUGAUCGGGCAGAUAUUGAGUGCAUGUGAUUUUGAAGAACCGACAUUAUUUUGCAAAUGGAGCAUUCAGUAUGGAUCUAAUUGGAAACACAUAGAAGGAUAUUUGGAAGGACAGACAGCAACCUGUACAAAUAAGUUUGAAAACACAUACUGUGCAUUUGCACAUCCGAUCGAUGUUCAUUUAGCCUGUCGCGGAAUACAAGGGUGGCCAAAAAUUCAUAUCGAAAUCUAUACAGUCAAUGCAUUGAACCAAUGCUGGCCAGUUGGUUUCGGAUUUGCAUACAUUCCAUCUGCGCCUGGAUUACAUUCUUUUGAUAUUUCAACGUGGAAAGUAACCACAAAAACCUACUUUGACUCACUUAAAACCAGAUUCAAUACAGGUGGUUCAACGAUCAGCAAAAGCGAUUUGGUAUACAGUGGUGUCGAAAGAUAUAAAUUGUCAACUAUAUCUGCUGGAAAAGUAACGGUUGAACUGAUGAUAAUAGCGAAAAAUUUCUCCACGUUUGGUGUUGAUUUAAAAUAAAAUUUGAAAAAUGAGUUUACUGUA